AAGUAACAUUCAGAUCCUUUAGUUUUCCUCUGUCCCACGCCUUUUUGCACUUUGAUCGUGUCUUGUUUUUCCCUUCCUGUCGUCCAGACGUCUCUGCCACCAGACACCACAGACAGAGGACAUGUGGUCCAGCGGAGAAGCAGUGUUUGGGGCCGCGGAGACGCCGCUGCUGUGGCUCGGGGCUCUGACCGCGGCCUGGCUGUCAGUGUGCUCCGUGUGCCGGCUGCUGACCGGGAUCAGGGUGUGGGUGCUGGGCAAUGGACGGCUGGUGGCACCCACCAACCUGGGGAAGUGGGCAGUUGUGACAGGAGCCACAGACGGGAUUGGGAAAGCUUAUGCGGAGGAGCUCGCCCGCCGAGGCUUCGCCAUCGUGCUGAUCAGCCGCUCUCAGGAGAAGCUGGAUGACGUUUCCAAGGCGAUCUCGAGCAAAUGUGGUGUGGAGACCAAAACGAUCGCAGCAGACUUCAGCACUGUGGAUAUCUACUCCAAGAUCGAAGAUGGACUUGCAGGACUGGAGAUUGGAGUAUUAGUGAACAAUGUUGGAAUAUCAUAUUCUUACCCUGAAUUCUUCCUCAACGUCCCCAAUCUCGACACGUUCAUCGACACCAUGAUCAACAUUAACAUAACGUCCGUGUGCCAGAUGACUCGUCUCGUUUUACCUCGAAUGGUGGAGAGGAAGAAGGGGGUCAUCCUCAACAUCUCGUCUGCCAGCGGGAUGUACCCUGUUCCUCUCCUAACCGUCUACUCCGCCUCCAAGGCAUUUGUGGACUUCUUUUCACGAGGACUGCAAGCUGAAUACAAAAGCAAAGGCAUCAUCAUCCAGAGUGUUCUGCCAUUUUUUGUCGCAACCAAGCUGAGUAAAAUCCGUCGGGCCACGCUGGACAAGCCGAGUCCCGAGCGCUACGUUUCAGCCGAGCUCAACACUGUAGGGCUACAGACCCAGACCAAUGGCUACCUGCCCCAUGCCAUUAUGGGCUGGGUGACUACAGCGCUGCUCCCUGCCAAGAUCCUCAACAGCCACGUGAUGGGGAUGGGUUUGUCCCAGCGCGCUCGAUACCUUAAGAAGCAGAAGCAGGGUUAGACGGAUCCGCUCGGCGCCCGGUGACGGAAGGGGGACCAGCUGUGUUAAUAAAAAAAAAAAAAAAAAAACCCACUCGUCCCGACUUCGCCGUCAUCGCGGGGACCAAAGAAGAGAAGAAAAGGUGACAGUUUCUGGGCAACGCCUCAGUCGUCCCCCCCCACCCCCUCCCCCCCUUUCCCAUUACUCCCAGUCAUAGAUGGUGCGAGACAGCAUCUGGCCACUGUGUGUGUGUGUGUGUGUGUGUGUGUGUGUGUGUGUGUGUGUGUGUGUGUGUGUGUGUGUGUGUGUGUGU